CAAUAGUCAACUGCCUAUCUAAAUGGCGGCUCCGUAAUUUUGAUUUCGCACUUUUUCAAGUUAUGUAACUAUUGUUAACAAUAUUUGGAGCUACGCCAUGUUAACCCAAUCCAAGUCUUAGGAACACUGACCAAAAUGUUUUUCUUAUCAGACUGCAUUGAAUUCAUAUGGUAAUUUUGUCACCUGAUAUUCAAGCUCGUAACUGACUCAAAUUUCUGAAACUUAGCUGCCAUCAAGUGUGUAAUUCUUGUGGAUCUUUCACUUAUUAAGAGUCUAACUUAAAUGGCAGAAAGUACUAGUGUGGCUCUUUUAGAGCAGGAUCUCAAAAAAUAUCUGGGUAUCACUCCAAGUGCCAAUAUCCCAACAUCGUCACAGUCAGCACAAAACGCUCCAUAUCAAAGAAACCAGAAAAUUAUUUCUCAGCCUGAGAAGUUAGAUACUUUGGCAACCAAGACAGCUAAGGUUUCUAGAGGAAGAAAUAGUGAGUCAACUCCAGACAAAAGACCCCAAAAGCCUCUGGCUAACCAAAGAAAAGAAGUUUCUCACAGGGAAACUUCUUCAAGCACCAAACCUGUUGCGAAGUCUGUAAAAGGAGAAAAUGCAUCAGCAAAGCUAAAGGAUGACUGUGCACAAGAAAAAAAGAACAAUGUUGCACAAAAACAUCCAUCAAUACAACAAAUUCCGAACGAAUCAACUUCCAUUGCUGGUUUCAUACGUGACCGUCGUUGGCACGCAGAUGACCAAACGACGAAGAAAAACGCGAAAGCUUUUAGCAGGAAUGGAGAAGAAAUUCCAGAAAAUUGGCGCCAACCACCAAAAAAAAUUAGCCAAGUACCUCGGAAGGGGACGCCCAAGGGGAGUAAUUCAUCCGCAGAGGAGCCGAAUAGCAGCAAACAUGCAAGCAUUUCUGAACUUGCUAUGGCCAACAACGUGAGCGCUCUGUCAGAAGGAACAACAAAAAGCGGUAUGAAAGGUGACCAACGACAAAAACGAGUGGUGGCCAAGGCCAAGUCCAUUGAAAAACUUCGUGCUAAGAAGGAAGGUUUAAAAACAGAACGUAAUGAAUUAACUUCUCGUUUGAUCCUAGAAUAUAAAGAAGUUCCCAAACACCUUUCGGAAUCCAACUAUCCCGCAGGAAUUGUUCCAUCAUGUCCACCUAUCGGCCCGGCUACUCAAUCCAAUGGUAAAAAAAAUGGCGCACGACCUGUAUCAAAAGAUGCUGAAAACCAUCGUGAUGAACUUCCGCAAAUGACUAAUCAAGAUGGAGAAGAGAUAGUCCGAAUAGUGGUCUUACCGACGCCACCUCAACAAACACGAAAGAAAGGAACCAAGCAUGAGAAACAGGAAGCUCCAGGAAAGGCGGAAGAUGAUGGGUCUAGCAGCAGUUCUUCGUCGUCUAGUGAAGAGGAAAAAACACCAAGGCCUAGCGCAGUGCAGCAGCCUCUGAUAUUCAAUAUACGCAGACCUGAAUUGGAGUUAUUCCGCAGAAAAGGUGUUCUCCCUCUAAAGCACAUCAGCCCAAAAUUUCCCAGGGCCAUCUUCCACUGCCGGUUGUGCAGUUUUCACAUCAGCAGUAUACCAGAAGUUUAUCGUCAUAUGAAAGAUGACCGGCAUGUUAGGCUUCAGAACCAAGAAAGGAGCCGCCAAACAGCGUCGCUGAUGCCUUUUCCAACUCCUGAAAUCGCUGAUGUCAUUGGGCAGUUCGUCGAGAAUAUAUACCAGUGUUCUGGUCUAACCGCAGAGGAUUUGAAAAUCCGUAGGACGGCCACAGAGAUACUAAAAAACAUGAUAGAAACGGCUUUUCCAGGAUUUACUAUAAGGCCCUAUGGUUCUGUCGUCACAGAACUUGGACUUCGAGCUUCAGACGUUAAUGUCGGUUUAAUAGAAAUCUCCCCUGAUUCGAAGAAGGACGGGUUAAUCAUCAUUCAAGUUCUGUCCUGGCUGCGAGGCCCCGCAUCCAACUCGUUCCGCCACAUCGGCGAUGAUUUGAAUUGUCGUACGCCUGUCAUCCACUUUCAGUACGAGCAAAUGGGCAUCACGUUCGCAAUGGUUGUUGAAAGCGAAAAUGCCUAUAAAACAACCCUUCUUUUGCAGCAAUAUCGGAUCAUAGAUCCACGUUUUGCUGUGCUAACCGUAGCGUUUCGCACCUUCGCUCGUAUUUGCUCUCUCGACCAACCGGAAUUGGGCUCCUUACCUCCGCAUGCUUUUACCCUCAUGGUCUUGUACUAUUUACAACAAGACCGUGUUUUACCUGUUUUACACCAAUUGAAAAAAGGCGACAGCGAAGACGACUACAUGAGUGCUGCUGAAUUUCUUAAAAUGAAGGAAAGAGGAGAGUGGGAGUCUAAGGAUUUGUCUCUAGCCCAUCUGUGGUUGGGCCUUUUGAAAUUUUAUGCUUACACGUUUUCGCACAAUGAGCAUGCCGUUUGCGUUCGCUCGUUGGAGCCAUUGUUGCGCUCAACCAAGAAUUGGGGAAAUCGCCGAAUCGCCAUCGAAGAUCCAUUUCACGGCAAUGUCAAUAUGGGCUCCUUUAUGUCCACCAGCCAGGCUUUCGAUUUCUUCUUGGAUUGUAUGCGCAACCUAUUUCACUACUUUUGGAUACCGCACACUGCCAACGGACCGCUCUUCGUCCAUCUCCUUUUGCCCGGUGAAGUCAAUAUCGAUGAUCCGCUGCAGUGUACUCGGGCAGAAGCUGUGAGAAGAAUGACGGCACUGAAAAAGGAAGACGUCAAAUGGGAUUUCCAGCCAGAAAAAAUCUUGCUUUCGAAACGUCUGCCAGUUAUCUGCACUAUUUGCAGUGCUGAUGGGCACACGAAACAAAAGUGUACCGAGCUGGAAGUGCCCGAUGUUGGAUUCAUACCGCCACCGGAUUUCAAUUACUUUGCUCUCCUAGACAACGUCUGCUGGAACAUCUUUCGCAACUUUGCUCAACGAGAGGUGGAUACCACCAACAGGAAAACUAUCCAAAAGGAGCUCGAAACGCAUAUUCGAGGCGAUUAUCCGGAUGCUGUUCUGUCAAUGUUUGGAUCCUCAUGCAAUGGUUUUGGAUUCGCGGAUAGUGACGUGGACUUAUGUCUGACUUUCGAGUCCAACAAAGACGGCAAAGGCAUAGAUUUCGUGGCGGUCGUCAAAAAGUUGGCCAAAAGUUUAAGACGCAACCGUUUCUUUUGCGACAUUGUUCCCAUAUCAUCGGCGAAGGUUCCCAUCGUGAAAUUACGUCACAGACCAACAGGCUUGGAGUCGGACAUUUCUCUAUAUAAUCAACUUGGGAAGCGGAAUUCACAACUUCUCGCAACAUAUUGCGCAAUUGACACGCGCGUUCGGAUCCUGGGUUACAUGGCGAAAUUAUUGGCCAAACAGUGCGAAAUUGGUGAUGCAUCUCGCGGCUCGCUGUCUUCUUAUGCGUACACUUUAAUGGUGAUUCAUUACUUACAACAAGUUACACCGCCUGUUAUCCCCGUUCUCCAAGAGAUCAAGUUCGAGGGCUCUGAUAGGGAAAAGUACAUGGUCGAAGGAUGGGACACGUGGUUUUUUGAAAAUACCGAAGAUUUGGGAAGAGUAUGGCCGCAUCAUGGUGCCAACCGCGAACCACCCUCAACGUUGUGGCUUGGAUUUUUACUUUAUUAUGCCAAAUUAUUCGAUUAUCGAUUGCAAGUUGUCUCCAUCCGACAGCUAAAACCCCUUUUCAGGCUCGAAAAGAUGUGGACUGAUCGUCCAAUCGCAAUCGAAGACCCCUUUGACUUGAGUCACAAUCUGGGAUCGGGAGUAUCGCUUCGCAUGGGUGCUUACAUCCGUCGGGUAUUCGUGACCGCUCGGAGGUUCUUUCAGACUCCCGUCAGAGCAUUGCCCCCACAUUUUUCGUCCUUGGAGGAAUAUCUGUUCAACCCCAAAGUGCUGAUUUCCACAGGACCACCACCUAACGAUCGUGGAUGUUUAAUUUGUGGCAAAGUUGGACACAAGGCCAAGGAAUGUGAAAACAGGGGAAAGAGGAACAGGGGUCAAGAUCAGAACCCUCCCCAGCCAAGAGAUAAUCCGCAGAAUACGGCACAGGAAGUACAUAACAGAAAUAUGCCUCAGCAAACAAUGAAUCGUGACAGAGGUCCUCAGCAGAUGAACAGAUACAGACCUCAAGGAUUCCAUCAGAUGAACCGUGAUAGGGGAGGCGGGCCACUACAAUAUCAGCAGGUCAAUAGGCAUAGACCUGUGAGACCAAACCAUCGACCUGGGAUGCCCCAAAACAGCGGGGAACAAAUCUUUCCGGCUAGACGACCAACUGCAGAUCCCAAUCAGCCAUAAUUAGGCUUAUUAAGACGUGUUUUCAAUGAAAAGAAACUAAGAUUUUAGACACACAGAUAAAUUUCUAUGGAAAUUCUGUAAUUUGGUAUCUUCUCUUUGACAACUGAAAAGGAGAAACUCUUUUUACUUUUCUUUUUUUACAUUAUGGUUUAAAAUUUGUUUUGACAGCUGUCACUUAACACACCGAGCGUUUGCUACCCGUUUUCGAAAUUGUUGAUGAAUAUGAUUCUUUUCAAUUGUAAAUACUUUUUUAAUACAAUGGGGUAUGACCGACCUGCCCAUAUCAUGGCAGGGUCU